AUGGAAGUCACUAAUAACAAAAUUGCCAAUUUAGUGAAAACCACUAACGAAAAAUGCACUAUUUCUGAGGAAACCACUGAUGACCAACUGACUGUUUCAGAGAAAAACACUAACGAUAAAUGCACUAUUUCUAAAGAAACCACUGAUCCCAAAUUGGCUGCUUCAGAGAAAACCACUAACAAGGAAGGCACUAUUUCUGAGGAAACCACUGAUGACAAACUGACUGUUUCAGAGAAACCCACAAACGAGAAAGGCAGUAUUUGCAAAGAAACUACUGACACCAAACAGGCUGCUUCAGAGAAAACCACUAACGGGGAAUGCACUAUUUCUAAGGAAACCACUGAUGACAAACUAACUGCUUCAAAGAAGACAGCUACUGACAAACUUGCUGCUUCUGGGGAAACCACUAACCACAGUCUCACUACUUCAGAGGAAACCACUAACGAAAAGUGUGCUAUUUCUACGGAAACCACUGAUAACAAACUGACAACUUCAAAGAAAACCGCAAACGAGGAAUGCACUAUUUCUAAGGAAACCACUGAUGACAAACUAACUGCUUCAAAGAAAACAGCUACUGACAAACUUGCUGCUUCAGAGGAAACCACUAACAACAGUUUCGCUACUUCAGAGGAAACCACUAACGAAAAGUGCGCUAUUUCUACGGAAACCACUGAUGACAAACUGACUACUUCAGAGAAAACCGCAAGCGAGGAAUGCACUAUUUCGAAGGAAACCACUAAUGACAAGCUGACUGCUUCAGAAAAAAUGACUGGUGACAAACUUGCUGCUUCAGAGGAAACCACUAACGAAAAGUGCGCUAUUUCUACGGAAACCACUGAUGACAAACUGACUACUUCAGAGAAAACCGCAAACGAGGAAUGCACUAUUUCUAAGGAAACCACUAAUGACAAGCUGACUGCUUCAGAAAAAAUGACUACAGACAAACUUGCUGCUUCAGAGGAAACCACUAACGACAAAUGCAUUGACUCAAAGGAAACCACUAAAGGCAGCCCUACUACUUCAGAGGAAACCACUAAUGUCAGAGGCAUGGAUUCAUAG